AUGUCCGAAAAGAAUUCUCGGGAGCCUAUAGCUAUAAUUGGCAGCAGUUGUCGCUUCCCUGGCCAUGUGAACUCUCCGUCGCAACUAUGGAAGCUUCUGCUUGACCCCAUCGACCUACGCCAGGAGAUUCCAUCGGAACGCUUCACGUCUAAUGGGUACUACCAUCCCGAUACGAAGUUGCAUGGACACAGCAAUGUCCAAUAUGUGUAUCCACUCGCAGAGGAUGUCCGGCAAUUUGACGCCGACUUCUUUGGAGUGAAACCUGUGGAGGCUGCAUCCAUGGAUCCCCAACAGCGUCUGCUGAUGGAAGUUGUAUACGAAGGCAUCGAAUCAGCUGGAAUUACGAUUGACCAGCUAGCCGGAUCAAACACGGGCCUCUAUGUUGGUAUGAUGUACGAUGACUACCAGACUUUGCUGUAUCAAGGUCAACAGGAGAUUCCGGCUUAUACUGCCACCGGAACUUCCCGCAGUAUCGCUGCAAACCGAAUCUCAUACUUCUUUGACUGGCGGGGUCCAUCAAUGGUCCUCGACACGGCGUGUUCGUCGAGUCUGGUAGCUGUUCAUCUCGCUGUGCAGGCCUUGCGUGCGGGAGACUGCAAAAUUGCCCUCGCAACUGGCACUAAUCUGUUUCUUGGGCCAGAGAUCUUCAUUGCAGAGAGCAACCUCAACAUGCUUUCUCCUCACGGCCAGUCUCGUAUGUGGGAUGAGUCUGCUAAUGGGUAUGCUCGAGGUGAGGGGAUCGCUGCCGUGGUAAUGAAACCACUGCAUGCAGCAUUGGCGGAUGGUGAUCAUAUCGAAUGCAUCAUCCGUGACAUUGACAUCAAUCAAGAUGGCCGUACACCUGGUCUCACUAUCCCGAGCAGUAGGGCCCAGGUAGACUUGAUUCAAGGUGUCUAUCGCAAAGCCGGUCUUGAUCCCAGCCGAGCGCUAGAUCGGUGCCAGUACUUCGAGGCCCACGGUACUGGUACACCAACAGGGGAUCCUGUGGAGGCUGAGGCUAUAUAUAAUGCCUUCUUUGGCCAUAGUCCUCCGAGUAGUAGCGCUCUUGAAGGGGUCGGAAAAGAUGACUCAAAACUACUGGUUGGAUCUAUCAAGACUAUCCUUGGCCACACUGAGAGUACAGCCGGACUGGCUGGAAUUCUGAAAGCUUCCCUGGCAUUGCAACAUGGACUCAUUCCUCAGAACCAACUCCUCAAUCGGGUCAAUCCAAAAAUCUUGAAGUAUAUGAACUACCUUGAAGUCCCCGUUCACACGACGCCGUGGCCUGAUGUAUCGCCUGGGGAACCUCGACGCGCCAGUGUGAACUCCUUCGGCUUCGGUGGCACCAACUGUCACGUCAUACUUGAGAGUGCACCAUCCCCUCCCACCCGCAGUACAUCAUAUCGCUCGCUCACCCCGUUCUGCUUUUCUGCACAGUCCAAACCCGCCCUUUUACGCAACCUGGUUCGCUACGCUAGCUAUCUUCGGGAGCAUCCAGAUGUCAGCCCAUCGGAUCUGGCCUACACCCUACGGUCUCGCCGGACCGCUCUCCCCUGCCGAAUUUCCUUUUCUGCAUCAUCAAUCGAGAUCCUCCGUGACAGCCUUCAGAACCUGCUUCAACUGUCUGGGCCAGAGCGUGACGCGGCUAUCCAGACUGUCAAAGCAAGGUCUCCCACUAUAUCCAGACCACACACGCGAAUUCUCGGCAUUUUCACUGGCCAGGGCGCGCAGCACGCUCGUAUGGCAGCCGAACUGAUUGAGGAAUUCGCUUACUGCAGAGAAAUCAUCGAUUCACUCGACCGUGCUCUCGCGGCUCUGCCUAAUGGGGAUCGGCCAACAUGGACACUGAGAAACGAGUUGCUAAAGGAUGAGAGUACGAGCCGAGUAUAUGAGGCCGAGUUUUCUCAGCCCUUAUGCACUGCUAUUCAGAUCUUACUUGUUGAGAUUUUGAGGCGCGCAGGCAUAAAGUUUGCAGCCGUCGUCGGUCACUCCUCGGGUGAAAUUAGCGCGGCGUUCGCAGCGGGCGUUUUGUCAGCACGGGAUGCGAUAUGCAUUGCCUACUACCGUGGCAAAUUUACAAGCCUGGCUAUGGGACCAAGUGGGUCUGCUGGGGCAAUGCUUGCGGUGGGUACAUCGUGGGAUGAUGCGCAAGAGCUCUGCAGCUGGGAUGAAUUCUUGGGGAAAGUGGUGGUGGCUGCAUGCAAUUCGCCUUCUAGCGUGACGCUUUCCGGUGAUGCAGAUGCCCUCAAACAAAUCGAUGUCAUUCUAGACGAUGAAAAUAAGUUUCGGCGCUGGCUCAAGGUCGAUAAAGCAUACCAUUCACCACAUAUGCGACCAUGCUCCAGUCCGUACCUAUAUGCUCUUCAGCGCUGCAGUAUCAAGCCAAUUUCCCCAGGGUCUGGAUGCUUAUGGGUGUCAAGUGUUGACCUGGAGUCAGAAGAAGAGAUCAUUCCGGGCAUGGAGGGGCCAUACUGGAAUGACAAUAUGCUGCGUCCCGUGCGGUUUAUGCAAGCGAUCGAUCGUGCUUUCUCAAAGGUGGAUCAUUUAGAUCUCGUGAUUGAGAUUGGGCCUCAUCCUGCUCUCAGCGCCCCUGUCAUGGACACGAUUGAGAGACACCUGCCGGAUAGAAUUCCCCAUAGCGGGAUGCUCUCUCGCGGUAGAUCUGCGGUCACAGCUAUUGCUGAUACUCUGCUAUUUCUCCAGUCAAAUAUGAAAGACAAUGAAGUGGACUGGGACAAUUUAGAUAUGCACUUGGGUGGAGUGACCUCUUUCACAGUCGUACCCGACUUGCCAGUGUACCAAUGGAAUCAUGAUCGAAGCUACUGGCAUAAUUCACCCUACUUACACCGACUGUUGCACAGGAAGCAUGAUUUUCAUCCAAUUCUAGGGAGAAUAUCUCCCGAGAGCUCGCCGGACCUGCUGCGUUGGCGGAACAUUCUUCGCCCGGCGGGGAUUCCAUGGGUUCUCGAUCAUCGCCUACAAAAUCAAGCUGUUUUUCCCGCAGCUGGUUACAUUGUGGCAGCGCUUGAGGCGUCGAUGAUCUUUUCUCUAGAUGCAGAUAUAUCAGUCCAGAUCGUCGAACUCAGACACAUCUCCAUCUAUCAGCCAUUGACAUUCUCAAGUGAUAAUGAUCCGGGAGUCGAAGUUAUAUUCAGCUUCGAAAAGAUUCAGCAUGACAAAAACUCAGGUUGUUUGACCGCUAGAUUUUCAUGUUCAAGUUCAUCGCAUGCCCGUGAGACCCUACAGCUGAUGGCGAGUACAGAGAUACAUCUUUUCCUUGGGCAGCCCGAAAUGGAUCUUAUACCUUCACAAGAAAGGGAAAGCUUCCACGGAGGGAAUAUCUCUCAGGAUCAGUUUUAUGAUUCUUUGGAUAUGCUUGGAUAUGGAUAUUCUGGUUUAUUCCGAGCUCUAGGCAGUCUUCAGCGAAAGCGAGGCUAUUCAGCAGGUCUAGCCACCGUGCCAGCACUAGAAAAGAAUCAGACAGCAUCAUUUCUACUCCACCCUGCGGUCCUGGACAUGAGUAUCCAAUCUUUAUUGUUGGCGUACAGCUAUCCGUUCGAUGGUCAACUAGGAUCGAUCUUUGUUCCCACUUCCAUUGAUCUGAUUCGGGUAAAUCCCCUCGUCCUGCAAGAUCUUGAUACGAACUGUCCUAAGAUAGCCGUCAGCGCCAACCUGGCAGAUAAGCGGCAAUUGAGUGGGAUUCUGGGGGACAUUGACAUCACUGACCUUAACAGGCAGCAUGUGGCUGCUCAACUACAAGGUGUACGGGCGGUACCCUUUGCUCCAUCGACUGCAACAGAUGAUCGCCAGAUGUUUGCACGGAUGGAUUGGGUCCAUUCUCUUGUGGAUGCCAGAGCCGUGAAUAUCAACAUUAUCGUGGAAGCGGAUCAAUACAAGCUAGCCGAGGCUCUGGAGCGGACGGCCUGCUUUUAUCUUCGCCAGGUUCUUCAAGAAAAUCCCACAGGCUCCAUUGAAGUUGAGAUGGGAGGAGUCGUAGCGUCCUACUUGAAAUUCGCAGCGCAUGUCACCACAUCAGUUUCACAGGGUAAUCACCCCUAUGCCCGGGCCGAAUGGAUACAGGACCAAUUAGAAGACAUCAUGGAAAUUACUACUCCAUUUGCCGAGGAAAUCGACGUCAAGAUGUCUCAUAUUGUCGGUGAGAAUCUAUCACGGUUUAUCCGUGGUGAAUUCAAGAUUUUGGACCAUUUAAUGUCUGAAGGGCUUUUGGGUUCCUAUUACGCUGAUUCCCUGGGCUUCAAGGGGGCCAAUACCUGGACUGGCGAAAUUGUUAAGCAGAUUUGCUUCAGACAUCCACGGUUAAAUAUCCUUGAGAUCGGUUCUGGCACUGGAAGCACUACGCGGUCUAUCCUGAAUCAAGUUGGCACAAAUUUUGCGUCCUACUCCUUCACCGACAUCUCUCCAACAUUCUUCCCUGAAGCAAGAAGGUUCUUUGGCUCAUAUGGGGAUAAACUAAUGUAUCAAGUCUUGGAUAUUACGCGAGACAUUACCGAUCAAGGAUUCUCUCCAAGCUCCUAUGAUAUGGUUGUGGCCUCAGUGGUUCUGCAUGCUACCCCUUCCCUUGAGAAGGCUUUGCUUAAUGUACGCUCUCUGCUCAAGCCGGGCGGCUUUCUGGUGCUGGUUGAGAUUGCCGAUCAUGAGCCUUCUCGUGUGGGGCUUAUUUUCGGCUUGCUUUCUGGCUGGUGGGCAGGUGCGCACGAAGGAAGACAGUUAAGCCCAAACGUAUCUCCUGUAAAAUGGGCCUCUCUGUUGCGGAGAACGGGCUUUUCGGGUAUCGACACAAUGACGGCAAACCAACAUGCUAUUGUGUAUCCGUUUAACAUCAUGGUCUCGCAGGCAGUUGAUCCUUGGGUCAAUUUCCUGCGUCAUCCUCUCUGGCCGUCGUCGUUUCUGGCGCAAUAUGGGUCAUUGGACCUUGAUCUUGUUAUCAUCGGAGGCACUACUCUCCACGUCGAAUCUCUGGUUGUGGAGCUCGCGCAAAUUCUAGGCCCGUUCACCCGAAGCAUCGUGACGGUUCAAACUCUCGACUCGCUCCAACAUCAAAAGAUACCGUCACACUCAACCAUUCUAUCCCUGUGUGAUCUGGAUUAUCCUGUGUUUGAUAACCUCGAUCCAGAUUCUUUCGAGGGCCUCAAAUGCCUCUUCAACACUGAAAGAGCCAUUCUCUGGAUUACCGAAGGUCGCGAGGACAAAAACCCCCCUGGCCAAUAUGAUCUCUGGUUUUGCAAGAAAGAUGGUAGCUAUUUUGCACCAUUGGAGAGGGACAUUCAUGUGGAUCGAAAUCUGCGCGAGUCAAUUCUGCGUUGGGAGCCACUAAAUAACUCUAAUGAUCGUUUUAACUCUACAUCCCGAACCAUUACUCGCGAACUUUCCCUUGCGAGAUCGGAGGUUGUUGUUGAAAAACAACAUGACGCCUGGCUCCUUCGAGAAGACCAUCGAACAUACUUCCCAAAGGCUACUAUGUCCAACCGUGCCUGCAUAGAUAUGCGUAUAACGCACUCUACGCUUCAUGCCAUUAACUUUGGACCUGGGCAACAAUUCGUCGUCCUUGGUGUUUCUCUUGACGACGACCAACAACACGUAGCACUAUCUUCCUCCAGUGGGUCGAGGCUGAGCGUUAACGAGGAGGUGGCGCCUUGUUAUAAGGUCCCAGAUGGACAUGAAUCCCAUUUCGUCGCGCUAUUAUCCGCCAAUUUGAUGUGUCUGGCGAUCAUAACACGCCUCAUACCAGGGCAAACGCUUCUUUUACAUAAUCCCACGACAGUCAUUGCUUCUGUGAUGGCUUAUCACGCUCGCCAGGUAGAAGUCCAUUUAAUAAUCACCACCGCGAGUACUGGGCAUUCAACCCCAUCCUCGUGGAUCUAUAUCAAUUCAUUCUCCAGUCAGCGUCAAAUACAAAGUCUUCUGCCAAUCCAUGUGGAUUUAAUGGUAGAUAUGACAGAUUCAAAGCAGGUGGGUGAGCGGGGAACCAUGACAAGCUCUCUACUUCGUCGUUCUCUACCCACUUCGUGUCUUUGUCAGACUCUCGAUGGUCUUAUCAGCUGGCAGCCUUCAGUCCUUCUCGCCUGUCAGGCUGGAAAAGCGAGAUGUAUACUGAAUACUGCGAUUGAGAUUGCCACUCAGCAGCUGGCCAAUACACCCUCCAAUCCAGAAAUUGCUUUAUCAGUCCAAGAGUUACACAUGCAGGAGGAGCGAAAAGUCCAUGUCUUUAGCGUUAUCGAUUGGACUCUCGAUACAUCAGUGACCGUCCAAAUUUCCCCCAUGGAUUCCAAUCUCACAUUCGCUCAAGAAAAUACUUACUGGUUUGUUGGGCUCUCAAGCAGUUUGGGGCUGUCACUAUGUGACUGGAUGAUUGAUCAUGGUGCUCGACAUAUUGUCAUUAGCAGCCGCAAUCCGCAAAUUGACCCUACUUGGCUGCGAAAGGCUAGCGACCGAGGCGUCACUGUCAAGGUCGCUGCCAAUGACAUCACCGACGAAACAGCACUGCAAGCUCUAUACGACAACAUAUGCGCAGAGCUUCCACCCUUAGCAGGCAUUGUGCAAGGUGCCAUGCUUCUACGUGAUUCCCCCUUGCGCGACAUGACCUGCGAGGCAAUGAAUGCGGCCUUAUGUCCGAAGGUUAAGGGCAGUUUGAACUUGGAUCGUGUGCUAAAAGAUAGACCACUGGACUUUUUCAUCUUCAUGUCCUCACUCACGAGCAUUAUUGGAAAUGCCGGUCAAUGCAACUAUAGUGCUGCCAACUCAUUCAUGUGCAGUUUAGCGAGGCAGCGCCGAAAACGCGGUCUUUUCACCGCAACCAUCAAUCUUGGCCUAGUAAUAGGGAUUGGAAUGACGACCAAUCUUGCCUCUAUGCAAACAUCUGUAUUGACAAAACGAGGAUUCCUCCCUGUCUCUGAGCCAGCUCUACAUCAAAUUUUUGCUGAAGGCAUUGCGGCCUGCAGGUUGGAUUCGCCAUCCGGGGGGGAAAUCCUGACCGAACUACCCUCCAUACCUCGAUAUUCCUCUUCCUCUCAGCUAGUAUGGGCGAGCGAUCCAAAGUUCGGAAGCUUGAUCCGCAGCGGCGAUGCCGUCGUGACUCAAACACUCAAUUCUGAGAAUCAAGUCUCAAUCGCCGACCGCCUACUGAAGAUCCAGUCAACUCUGGAUUUGAAGAAACUUAUCACUGACACUUUCUUGGCCCACCUACGUUCAGUACUCGAUCUCAGUGAUGAUUCCACGCUGAACGUCUCUUUAAGAACUGACGAGCUGGGCGUCGACUCACUCAUUGCGGUCUUCAUCCGUUCUUGGCUCCUGACGAAUUUUCACGCUAAUGUUCCAGUGCUCCGUAUCUUAUCUGGCAUCACCUUGUCGGAUUUGAUUCAAGAUGUUUGCAGCAACUUUCCGGUGGAUUUAUUGCCGGCCAUGGCAUCUACAGAAGAUGGAAAACUAGGACCUGAGAUAUCGAGCCCAGUACUCUCGAACUUCACGCCUAUUGAUGGCGAUUCACUUGAAACUGCAGUUGAGAUGACCCCUCCGUCCUCGUCUACGUCGGUUUCCUUGCCCAUUCAUGUCGCAGAUUCCAGCUUCAGUGAGAAGAACUACGCUGAGCUCGUGAGAGAUGAGACUUUCACCACGGCUGAGAAGAAGAUUACCAAAAAUGAGUCUCACCGGCUAGGGCCAACCUCAUACUCACAGUCCAUGUUCUGGUUCGUGCAUGCACUAAUGGAGGAGAAGACAACCAUGAACCACACCCUGCUCUAUGAGGUUUCAGGUACUCUACAAUACCAGGGCCUGGAACGUGCAGUUCAUGUAGUUGGCCAGCGCCAUGAAAUACUGAGGACAAGGUUCUACGUUGACAAAGCAUCGGGUACUCUCCUUCAAGAAGUUCUGAAUAAUCCCUCCUGUUUACUAGAAUAUCGAUCGGUAUCUAGUGUUGCAGACGUCUUCUCGGCCUACAAUGAGCUCACUCGGCAUGUAUAUGAUCUUGACGCAGGGAUAGCAAUGCAGAUCUGUUUGCUGUCCAUAUCUUCUAGCAAGCAAUUUCUGCUUCUCGGGUAUCAUCAUAUCAUCACAGAUGGUGCGAGUCAUCUUGUCAUGAUGGCAGAUUUGAAUAAAGCAUACAACCAACAGCGCUUUGACUCCAAUGAUCUUCUCCAGUAUCUCGAUUAUUCUGAACAGGAGUGCAGCCAGGGAAAUCCCCACAAAUGGGAUUCUGAGAUCAAGUUUUGGAAAGGUAUUCUGACCCCUCUGCCUGAACCUCUCCCUGUCCACCGGAGUCGCCUUACCACACGCCGUCCUCUGCGUCAGCACAGCGUCCACUUGGCGGAACUCACGAUCAAUAAGAGUACGGCUUCUCAAAUCAGAACUCUUGCCCAAAGAACGAGAUCGACCGCUUUUCAUGUGCAUCUCGCCGCACUCAAGAUACUUCUGUAUCGAUUUCUCGGGGUUGCAGACGUUUGUAUUGGAAUCGGGGACGCGAAUCGCUGGGAGGAGAUUACGCAAAACGGCAUUGGUCCCUAUAUCAAUCUGAUUCCUCUGCGACUAGCUUCGGCCCAAGACGAACCAUUUCAAGCGGCUAUUGAGAACUCUCGUGUAGUCGCUUAUGAAGCAUUGGCCAACGGUCGUGUGCCAUUCGAAGUCAUUCUAAAUGAGCUCCGUGUUGCACGAUCAGCCACCCACAGUCCAAUUUUCCAGGCAUUCCUAGACUACCGUCAAGAAACGCGACUAAGUGAGUCUUUUGGAGAUUUUGAGAUGAAGUUACUGAAGUGGGAGGUUGGUAAGUUACCAUAUGAUAUCUUUAUAGAUGUCAAUCCUCUGCGUACCGGAGAGGUAUUUGUCCAGGUCCUGGUUCAAUCGGAUCUGUAUACGCAACAAGAUGCAGCCAUUCUAUCCCACGGGUAUGAAGACAUUUUGGCUGAAAUUGUUGCAUCGCCAUUGAAUCCAAUUGGGAACCAAUGGAAAUUUCGGCAGGAGGAGAUAGACCAAGCGGUGAACUUGGGGAGAGGUUAG